AUUAGCUCACUCACAUAUCUUGCUAAGAUAACUCUGAUGGUUAAGUCGCUUUUCAAACUUUCUUUACACAUAUCACACAGGAAAUGAACACUCAGGUCAUAAGCUUCUCUACAGAACAACACUUUGCAAAUCUGCCCUCGGAUAUUGGACAAUACAAAUUGCAUGAAAGCAGCUGGAUAACAAAAUAAUCUUCAGCAGAAAUCAAGAUGGUACAUAAUUUCACUCAGUGUCAGAAGUUUCAAAUGGCCCUGCUGCCCUCAGUGUAUGGGGUGGAGUUCGUUGUGGCUCUGGCAGGAAACCUGUUCGCCCUGUGGCUGCUGCUGGCCAGAGAGAGAAGGGACUGGCACACUGGCGUCGUUUUGUCAUGUAACCUGGCAAUCAGUGACCUGCUGUACGUGCUGACCCUGCCUUUGCUGAUUGUCUACUACUCACUGGGGAAAAACUGGAUCUUUGGCGAUGCUGUGUGUAAAAUCGAGAGGUUUCUUUUCACCUGCAACCUGUAUGCGAGCAUCUUCUUCAUCAUGGCCAUAAGCGUGAACCGAUGUGUGGCCCUCAUGUAUCCCUUCUUUACCCGAUCCCAUGUAGUGCCUGCCCACGCCAAGGCCAUCAGUGUCAUCAUCUGGAUCAUUGUGGGAGUCACUUCCUGCCCAGUGUUGAAAUUUGCCUCUGUUUGUGAACAAGAUAACAAGACUCAGUGUGUAUCCUUCUGUAGCAAGAUUCAUGGGGAUGAAAGCCCUCACUUCACUUACAGAAUCUUUCUUGCUGUGUUUGGAUGUCUUUUCCCCUUCCUGGUUACUUUAACGUCUUACUGUGUGGUGAUUCGGGUGGUGUGGAAAAAUGCCAGUAUAACCACACUGGAGAAACGCAAGGUAGCCCUGCUAGUCGCGUCAGUUCUUGUGCUGUAUGCCAUUUCCUUUGUGCCGUACCACCUCCUUCAGAUCUAUCACUUCUAUCUGAAGAUCAAUGGCAACAAGUCUAGCUGUGAGGUCUACGACAUGUACCAAGUGUCCAAGGGACUGGCAGCUCUGAACAUGUGUAUCCAUCCAAUCCUUUACAUGGCUGUGUUUGACAGUAUAAGAGUCGCUUGUUGUGGUAAGAGCUCAGAGGACAACAGCAGGAGAGAGAUGAGGAAGUAGAGCUGUUCCUCUACAAGUUAUCUGGGAUGUACAUUAUUAAUUCAUGCUGUAAAACUUAAUUCUACACAGGAUUUUUUACUGAGGAGGUCUUGCUCUGAUUACUGAUACUGCUGAAAUGUAUUUUUCUACUAGCUGAAACAUGACUGUAAUAAAGAUUCUUUUGUUGUUGUAAUG